AAAAAAUUACUUAAUUUUUUAAAUGUAAGGGGUGCUCUUAUUAAUAUUUUACUUGGACAACCAAACGUCCAAACCUUGUUAAGCCUCUUGGCUCCUACGUCUUCCGUUUCCAUUCCGAAACGGUUUCUUUUGUUAAUUUUCUGGACUAAUCCUUCGUUUCGUUAAAUAAUCUCUUUGAUUUCUUAGCUGGAUUUACCCCCUUUUAUCCCAUUUUAUCUCUCUUAUACCCCAAAUUUCCAUCACUUUCCUCAGCUUUCUUGAUUGAUAAGAAAAACCCAUUCAAAAUGAAUCAAUAGUUAUAUUCUCCCAUCUUUUCCUCUUUUCAAAAUCCCCUUUUCGUUUUAUUUAGCUCCUUUUUUUUUUUUUGGUUUUGAGAGAGAAAUUGGGGAGAAUAAGUUCCCUUUUGGAUAAGAUGACUCGUCAAGUUUUGAUAACAUCACCAACUUUAACACGGAAGAAACCGUGUUUGUCACCGGAGGAUCCGAAAACGGCCAGGAAAGGGAAUAAAUUGGGGGAAGUGGUCGGUAGGACGACGGCGGAGUGCGUGGCAGUAUGUUGCUGCUGUCCGUGCAGUGUCAUGGAGCUGCUUGUUUUGGGCCUUUAUAAGGUUCCUACCGCCCUUUGCAAGAAGGCCUGGAAAAUGACAAAACCACAUUGUAUGACGAAGAAGAAUCCGGGACUGUUGGGCCAGGCUAACGACCAGCCCACGUUGAAGGAGUUGGAGGCUGAGCUGGAUCGGAUGGUGGGGAAAGGGAUACAAGGUGGGGAAGAUCAGGAUGAUGGGUGCAAGGGAGCCGCUGAUUUGGAUAAGGAGAUGUGGGACCGGUUUUACGGGACUGGAUUUUGGAGGAGCCCUUCACAGAGAGACACGUGACAUGUCACGUUAUUGGUGGAACUAAAUCGAUAUAUAUGAAUCACAAUGUGGGACCCUUUUUCGAAUGGGAGAUUGGGAAAAUCUUACUUUCGUGGAUAUGAAAAAGGGGAAAUUCCAGAAGUUUUGUCUCAUUUUCGACUUUUGACGAUCGAAAUAUUCGAAGUUGGACAAACUCUUAAAAAUCAAAAGGGUUCAUGACUUUCCAUCCAUGCAACGGUGUUGGCCAACCUUUGUUGUCUUCAUGUUUGAAUUUUUUUAGUGAAUCCAUUAGCAGAUCCAUGGACAACUCAACUUUCUAGAGAGGGCCCUCAAUUUUCUUUUUCCUGGUCAUUAUUUUAUUAAAUAAAUAAA